AUGCGUUGUCUAGCUGUGGUGUUCCUGCUCCUGGUGCUCAGCGCCGCUUCCUUAGCCGAACGGGUGAAAUUCCAGGACUGCGGGUCUGUGGUCGGAGUUGUACAGGAAGUGAAUGUGAGCCCAUGCCCCACUCAGCCAUGCCAGCUGGUCAGAGGACAGUCUUACAGUGUUAAUGUCACCUUCACCAGCAAUACUUAUUCCAAAAACAGCACAGCCUUGGUGCAUGGCAUUGUGAUGGGUCUCCCAGUCCCCUUUCCCAUCCCUGUGCCUGAUGGUUGUAAGAGUGGAAUCAGCUGCCCCAUUCAAAAAGACAAGAGCUACAACUACUUGAACAAACUGCCAGUGAAGAACGAAUACCCCACUAUAAAGCUGUUGGUGAAGUGGGAGCUUCGGGAUGACAAAGAUCAGUGUCUCUUCUGCUGGGAAAUCCCAUUACAAAUCGUAUCCCAGAGAUAG